AAAAAUGAUGGAACGGUUGACAUUUCUUUGUCCGGGUCCAGCAAGUCGUUUUUGGACCUGGGGGUGUGGGUGUGGGUCUUGUUUUUAUCUGCAUCCACACUCACACCCACACCCAAUUAUUAGAUUAUUAUCGACAAGCAAAUAAAAUCGUCUUUUAACGAGAUGGUAAAAUAAUUCCAUUUCUUUUGAAUUUAUUUUCAAUGGAAGAUUAUUUUAGGAGUUGAUGAUGGUCAAUUUGGAAAAAUUCUUGCUCAUGAAAUUCUUGCAAUUCGUCAAGCCUUUAGUCUUAUUUAUAGUGAUAAAUUUGAUCAUCCACUUUUGACUUUCAUUUUAGUUAAAAAACGUCAUAAUACACGUUUUCUUUACUUAUAA